UCUUCAGUGAGUGACUGCAGCUGUAGAGACAAUAACACUGUCCACCACACAGCCCAAACUCUUCUCACUAUGGAUAAGCACCAGGACUUCAUGAACACCCCCGACAGCCAGACCCUGAAUUACUCCGGGGAAACUAUGGCUGCUGCCAUGGACGACAUGACUAUCAAGGAGAACGGGGUGUCUGCACACAUAGUACCAGGAGAGGGCCCUGUGAAAGGCGAGAGCCAGGAGCCCGCACAAACAGAGUCCACAGAGGAGCUGGCUCCUGAGCUUGCUGAGCUUAAGAGUGCCCCCUCUGGGGAGGAGGUGCAAAUGGACGCCGUGGCCUCGGUCAUGGUCAGCACCCCAGUAACUGAGAACAGAGUUGAACCCUCAAAAGAAAUACUAGCUGCCGGAGGUCCUGGGAGUGCUGCAGCGCCCUCUGCUACAGGACAAGAGGAGUUCACAGCAGACAGCUUCACUCCAAUGGAGAGCAUCCCGAGUAGGGACAGUGGGUCCGUGAGCUCUGGUGGGGCACCAGUAAGUCCCAGUGCUCUGGAAUCUCCCAGAAAGGAUGAGCCUGUGUCUCCAGGAGAGUGUGGACAUGAGAAGCAUGAGCGGGAGUUGAGAGACUCUGAGAAGGUAUCUGGUGGUCACAGUGUGAGGGGUACAGAGGAGGAGGAGGAGUUCACUGUGCAAAGUAGGACUCCUGCUCUGCCGACCCUCAGAGAAGAUUCACCUGUGGCAGUUAGCCCUGACAUCAUCACACGGCUUUACCAGCCGGCGACAUCCCUUGUUCGCAGCUCUGUGGUGGCGGACCUGUCUUCUCUGGGAGAGAGAAGCCCCGACCUGGAAUACGGGAGCCCCGCCGCCAGCGUUCCCCUCUCGGCCGAUGAAGCCAGGAGGCGCGCGCUUUCCUUCGAUUACGCAGAGCCCCCCAUGCAGGCCGAACGGGAUUUUUUGGCCGAGUGGGAGAACGGGUCAGACAAGACACCUCCCGGGAGCAGGAGCCCAGGGUCUCCCCCCUCCCCCUGUGCACCCGGUCCGGAGGUGGUGGAAACGCGACGGCGCCCCGCCCAACGGCCAGAUGUUCUCAUGGAGGAAGAGGGUGAGCACGGGAUUUUUUCACGUGGGAGUGAAGAUACCACACCCACUGAGGAGACCAAAACGAGUCCGCUAGAGGAAGCAGAGAAAGGAGUGCAGGGCAGCGGCUACAUGGAGACCACCGAUGAGCUGGCCCUGACCAGCAGCUGGAUAGUCGCGGGGGAAGUCGCGUUGGAAGCUUCUUUGGAUGAGGCAGGCAGGUUCGCUGGGGUUGAAACGGACGACGCCUCACCAGAGACUGCUGAUACAUUUCUGAAAUUCCCCAGUUCCCGAAUUUCAGCUAAGGCCAAGGCUGACCCUGAGAAAGAAGCAACUGCUGAUAGGAAGACACCCAAAACAACUCCUGCCAAAGCUAGACCCACUUCUUCCCUAAAACGACCCAACUUGGUCACAAGCCCCUUGAGAAAGCCUCUGGCGCCCGGCACACCCACGCUCCCCUCUAGCAGGCUUGCCUCGGCGGGCGCUAGACCCGGCCGCGGGGGGGCCGGGGAAGCCCGGCUGCGGAGUGAUGGAAGGAUUCCAGGUGCCAGGCCUCAUGCUGCAGGUACCAGAAUACCUGCCAAGACGCCCGUUCAGGCAGAUUCCCCCAAGACCCCAGAGCGCAGUGGGUACAGCAGCCCGGGCACGCCCAAAUCGCCCUCCAGCCGUGCCCUGGGGCAGCCGAUGGCUGUGGCCAAGGAGACAAAGAAGGUGGCGGUGGUGCGCACCCCGCCCAAAUCCCCAGGCUCCCUGAAGGGCCGCCAGCCUGCCCCGCUGGUCCCCAUGCCAGACCUGAAGAACAUCAAGUCCAAGAUCGGCUCCACCGACAACAUCAAGCACCAGCCGGGAGGAGGCAAGGUACAAGUACUUGAUAAGAAGAUUGACUAUAGUAAUGUCCAGUCUAGGUGUGGCUCCAAAGACAAUAUCAAGCAUGUCCCUGGAGGUGGAAAUGUGCAAAUUCUUAAUAAGAAGAUCGACUUGGCUAAAGUUCAGUCUAAGUGUGGCUCCAAAGACAAUAUCAAGCAUUCACCUGGAGGUGGCAAUGUUCAAAUUGUUCAUAAAAAGGUUGAUUUGACCAAUGUACAAUCAAAAUGUGGCUCUAAGGACAACAUUCGCCACAGACCAGGUGGAGGUAAUAUUGAGAUCAAAUCUGAGAAGUUGGAUUUCAAGGUCCAGUCAAAGAUUGGCUCUCUUGACAACAUUGGUCAUGUGGCAGGUGGUGGGCAGAAGAAGAUUGAAUCGCACAAGCUGUCUUUCCGCGAACAGGCAAAGGCCCGUACCGACCACGGAGCGGAGAUUGUCUCCAUUUCCCCAAACAUUUCCACGGAUGGGUCGCCUCGGCGUCUCAGCACUGUGUCCUCUUCUGGCAGCCUCAACAUGACGGAUACGCCGCAACUCUCCACGCUAGCCGACCAGGUCUCUGCCUCCCUCGCCAACCAGGGCUUGUGAUUCCCUGUUCCCGGCUGAAUUUCUUCCCAGGGAGCAAACACAGUCAUGAUAAAAAAAAAGAGAAAAGUCAUCUUGCCUUUCCUCCUUCCUUUAAAAAAAGUCUUGCAAGAUUUUCUGACUUUGUUAGGAAAGCAGUUAGCCUUUUACCAUCCUAUUGCUGAUCAGUUUUGGGGCAUAACGAUUAGGGCCAGAUUGAAAUGAAAUACAAAUUCCUAAAAUCACAAAUUAGCGAAGAAAUGUAGUUGGAACUUUUAGGAUGCAUUGUCCUUGUAAAUCCUACAGUGUCUUUGGUUAUAUGUAGGCUACUAACAUACCUGACCAUUCACAUCGUGGUUUUGAGCCUUAUUUUAUCGUUGUCGUUGUUUUGUAACCCGUCGUGAUAAUGACAUUUAAAAGGCGGUUCGUCUUGUGCAAAGUAUACAUGAAAACCAGGCAGUUUUGAGAAGCUUUAACAAUCUGCAGUGUAGAAAACGAUUAUAAUGCUCGUAUCCUACCUCGUCGGAAAUGAUUCGAAUCAUUUCGGUGCUCUAAAUGCUAAGUCAAAAACAGGCCAGUCAAAGGAAUUUUGUUCAACGCCUCAAUUGCAGAUUAAAUUAAAUGUAUGAGUUAAAACAUUCAUUUUUCCUUUCAGUACUAAUUUGUUGGCAUCUAAGCUACUGGCACUGUAUUUAAGAGCACUUGGGUUUUCCAGUUCAGCUCGAUUGGUUUAAAGGGCAGUUUGUGGUAUUGUGCCUCCGUUUUGAGAAGGAUUUUGGAAUGCCUGUUCGACAUUGGUUAGCUACAACGUGUGAAAAUUGUCAAAUAAAUUAGCAGGACUUGCUGCGAAUCCAGAGGAACAUGUGCUAAUGCAUUCCUUGGAAGAUCUUACCGGCAGCUUCAGUUCUAGUCUUUUUUUGCGACAUACCCGUGUUGCCACAUGUCCCUUGACCCAUCACAUGAAAUCACUGGAAUUUUGGAAACGUGUUUGUCCUACAUACUUCGCCACCCACCCCAUGGCUUAUGAGCAUACCUAGAAAAUAUUUGUGUGGAGGGUUGUCCAAGUCAACAUGGUUUAGGACAGACACUGCAUGAACACAUUCCUAUGUAAGCAAUGCUUGUACACCCUUGUCAUAAGCCUAUUGAGCAGAGAUAGCUUUUGCACAACACUUGGCACAAUUAUAUCGUCCUUGAAUAUACAAAAAGUGUUGGUUUCCGUCUUCAAAUUUCAAAGUAACUUUAGACCAUAUCAGUUCAUAUCAUAUUUUCCAUGUUGAGUUUUGAGAAUAAUUCCAUGACAAGACAGAAGGCUUGUUCAUGCUUCAGUACAUUCAACAGGAUACCGAUGAUUGGACAUCAAUUACGGUGGUCUACUGCUUUUGAAUUCAGCUGGCAGUCGAGAGACACGGUUCAUUUGAAGUGUUGACAGACGGGUAAGAGUUUAGGUGUUGUACUUGCUUUUAAUCCAUAACAGUGCCCGUUAAUCUCUCUGGCUCUUCGUGUGUCAUUUUCCAGAAAAGAAUUGUGUGGAAACCACCCUGAGUGAUGCAGCAGCAGAAUAUGCUGUUCCAGACUAAAGGGGUCACAUUUCCAAGGGGUCGAUAAAGUCCGGAAGAACAUACAGCCUAUUACAGUGACUUAGGGAGGCAGUCUGUCAAUGUAGGAACAUAUUGUUUUUGAGAUCCAAAUUCUGUCAUUCCUCCCACACCAAUAAUGAGGUGGAAGACUGCUACCUACCUACUAGCGACAGUAAAUACACCAAAUAUAGUUAUUCGAUUUUCGAUUUAGUUUUUUUCACAUCAAGCCCUUAAUUUCACAAAUGUGCGGUUUGAAAAGCACGAGUUUCUCUUAAGACUGAAUUUUAUGGUAGAGAGUCACUUGCACAGCAUAUUAAGUCACAUCAGUGUAACAGGGUAUCUGCUAAAAUUUUUUAAAAAUAAAUACCACAGGGCAGGGGCUGAUGAAGGAGAGCUCUCAUUUCCCACGAUUUCUGAAAAUAAAAAGUAGUCGUCAUAGAAUAUCAGUUUCCAUUACCCAUAAUCCUACCUGCAGAAAUCUACAGGCUAAACCCAUUGCCCUCCCUGCAUGCGCAGCAAAAGACAAUACAGCAAGUGUAACUCUUUCCAUAUGGUUUAAUUACUGUGGACACUUCAGCACAUUGCUUAUAACGGAAGGAUGUAGAAAAACGAAAAAAAAAAAAAAAAAAUACCCCGAAACGCUACACGCAUAUUAGCCUACCCAGCUUGUGUUGCGCACCAUUUUUCUAAUUGUGUAUUUGUGGAAGUGAGAUGUAUCUGGUAUGAAAAUGUUUUUAAAUGUGGCAGUCGUAAUUAUCUUUAUUCCAGCACUUCUCUGUAAAUUGUUUUUCUGCUUGGUUUGGUUGACAGUAGCGAGUCUUCAGAAUUUUGAUAAAAAUUGACCGACCUGCUACUAAAUCAAAACCACUAGAAGCUGAGUCUGAUAUAGAUUUCCUUUAACAUAAAGUGUUAAACUGUAAUAUAUGUGAAAAUGAAAUGUGUGUUGCGUACAUUACAAAAAACCUUAACACAGAAUAAAACGGUAUCAGUCAAUUUUGCGGUUUGAUAUCAACUGAUGUGUAACUGGCAAACCCGAGUGCUGAAUAGAUCUAGACUUUUUAAAACAUUCAGUCCAUUCCUGAGUCAGGGAGCUCCCAACUUGAUUGACAGAUCCGUAUUGAAAUCAUUGCAGACCUAUGUUCUGCAGGACUGUCAAUUUGAGAUAUUGUCCCAUAAUUCUUGCUGCCAUCACUUCCAUAAACAUCGUUGCCCAAGAUGAGAGUUUAGAGCAGGCUCAUCUGACUUUGUGACUGGGUUCAGGUCUGAGCAAAGCAAGUGGCGAUAAGUAACGCAGGAACUUGGGAAACUCUUUCCAUACCAUUUCCCAGAAAAUCCAGUUUUGCAGAAUUUUACUUCUGAGCAUGUCUAAUGGGGGUACAUUAAGAUGGAAUAUCUUCUUACAGCAAUGGCUAAUUGCUACACUCACUUUAACUUAGCUAGUGAAGACUGGGCUAUGUUAUGCUGUAUGCUAUCCUUGCAUGCACUUAAAGAGUUUGCAGUAUAUGUUACUCCUUGGAUUUCCCUAGUACUUUCAUUGUAUAUCCUGUACUUGCUACUUUAUUAGGAUAUCCAUGUAGGUAGCAAUGGAAGGGAAUGAACCCAAAUGGGAACCCUCGUCCUCGUAGUGGAUACAUGGUUUACCGGUGGUGUAUAUAGAAUUAUCCAAAUAUAUAUGUAUGUGUAUUUGUUUGGCUAAUGCCAAGGAAAUAUUUCAUCAAGACAGGUAAAAAGAGUCUUAAACGAAGACCUUUUCAGCAUGCAACAAACUCCGCAUGUAGUCUUGUUUUGCUUACCAGUAGACCUCAGAAUUCUGAAUGAAAACAAUGGAAGUGUGUUUUAUGUCUAUAUAAUGUGCAUUACUGGAACACAUGAAAUGACUAGAAUACGCAUGGUUUUUAUAGCAAUUUGGUCAAGGACAGGGUCAUGUUCCAGUCUUAAUAUUUGUUUAAGGAAAACAAAACGCACAUAAAAAGGAUAAACUGGUGUGGAAAGAGUCGGUUCCCUGAGGCUUUUCAAUGUUGCACAUUAUUUUUAGCCCCGGCCUUGAUGGGUAGGUUUGAAAAGGUUUCGCAGUUUUCAUCUUAUAGCCUUCUAAAUCUUUUUCCACUUCAAUUUUUUCUUUGCAGUUCUAAACCCUAGCUUUGCAAUUGUGAUUGUCCAUAUAGUUAUUGUGCGUUUUAUUAACUGGUUUACACGGAUAUAUGUUGCUGUAAAUGUGAAUUUGGAAAUAAAGUCUGUAUUAAAUGGC